AUGAACGAUGACGACGUGGACGCGAUGAUGGAAAAGGCGUUCGGGUGGCGCGGGCAAGGAUACUGGCGAAACACCAAGGUGCGAGAGGUGCCGACGGCGGCGGAUGUGACGGCGCGCGUGGCGUUUUUGGAAUCGAUCGGCGUGACGACGAGAGCGUCGGAGUGUGAUUUGGCGAAGAUUGUGAAGAAACAACCAGAAAUUUUAGCGUGCGACGUCGAGCAGUUGACGGCGGCGACGGAACACAUCGAGAAGAAUUACUUCAUGAAGCGCGAUACGAGGAAUUUCGUCAAGUACGUCGUGCGCGUGCCCCAAGCGCUCGGCAACAACUUGGAUUGCGCGGGCGAAGGUAAGGCGUGCUUGGGCGAGUGUAAUCGGUGCUGGGCGCGGUGUUAA